AUGCGAUACAGCCGACUGGCUAGUUGCCAAGAAGAGGCAGACGAAGCCAGUCGUCUUUUGCCAAUGAUCGACUCCGAGGCCGCUUUGGAUGGCUCUGACGACGUGUAUUUACUUCCAUCAGUUUCAUCACGUUCAUCAAGUACAUUCAGUAUGACAAAAUGCUGCAGAAAUCUCUUUGGUCGUCGAAGGAUAUUGCAUUCACGAACUGUCCGCAUAGGAUAUGGCCCUGUUGCUGAAGACACAGCUUUUCCUCCAAACACAGUAUGUAAUCAGAAAUACAGUAUAUUCAGUUUUGUCCCAUUGGUUCUUUUUCAACAAUUCAAAUUUUUCUUAAAUCUUUAUUUCCUUUUAAUGGCAUGUAGUCAGUUUAUUCCUGCUAUACAAAUCGGAGCUCCUAUAACUUACUGGGGACCACUGGGAUUUGUUUUAACUAUCACAUUGAUUCGCGAAGCACUUGAUGAUUUUGUACGCUUCCUCCGUGAUAAAGAACUCAACGGAGAGAAGUAUGAGAAGUUAACGAGAGAUGGAACACGAGUUGAAGUCAAAAGCUGUGACAUCAAAGUUGGUGACGUUAUCGUGAUUCACAAAGAUCGUCGCGUUCCCGCUGAUGUUGUUUUGCUACGAACCACAGAAAGACAAGGAGCAUGUUUCAUCCGAACAGAUCAACUCGAUGGAGAAACAGAUUGGAAAUUGAGAGUUGCUGUUCCAUUCACUCAACAUUUGAAUGCCGAAGCGGACUUGAUGGAAGUUAAUUGUGAAAUUUACGCUGAAAAGCCUCAGAAAGAUAUUCACGCCUUUGUCGGAACUUUCAAAGUUGCUUCGGAUGAUGAUCAAAUCCAAGAUGGAUCCUUAAACGUUGAAAAUGUUCUGUGGUCUAAUACAGUCUUAGCCAGUGGUACAGCUUUGGGCAUCGUAGUUUACACUGGUCGCGAAACAAGAUCCGUCAUGAACACAACUUUACCUGAGAGUAAAGUCGGUCUUCUCGACUUAGAGGUUAACAAUUUGACCAAAUUACUGUUCGCUUUCGUAAUGGUUUUGGCUGGUGUCAUGGUUGUUAUGAAAGGUCUGGAUCCCAAUUGGUAUCGUUACCUUAUGCGAUUCGUUCUUCUGUUCUCCUACAUCAUUCCCAUCUCUUUACGAGUAAACUUGGAUAUGGCGAAGUUGUUUUUCUCCUGGCAAAUUGGAAGAGAUAAGAACAUCCCCGACACUGUUGUUAGAUCCUCCACGAUUCCAGAAGAAUUAGGAAGAAUAUCUUUCUUGCUUUCUGAUAAGACAGGAACACUCACUAAGAAUGAAAUGCACUUCAAGAAGAUCCAUCUUGGAACAGUUGCUUUCAGUUCAGAUGCUUUUGAAGAAGUUGCUCAACACGUAGCUAGCGCCUAUGCAGGAAAAUUAGCGAAACACUCUUUCUCUGCAAAGUUACAAACAGCAGUUGAAGCCAUUGCCCUGUGUCACAAUGUAACACCAAUCAUGGAAGGUGGUAGUGCUUCUUACCAAGCUGCUAGUCCUGAUGAGGUUGCUUUAGUCAGAUGGACCGAGACUGUUGGUGUUAGAUUGGCUAGUAGAGAUUUGCAUUCGAUGCAAGUUCAACUAGCAAAUGGCCAACGGAAACAAUUUCAAAUUCUACACCUGUUCCCAUUCACUAGCGAAACGAAACGAAUGGGUAUCAUUAUCAAAGAUGAAACAACCGACGAAGUUUCACUCCUUAUGAAAGGAGCUGACACUGUUAUGGCAGGAAUGGUGCAAUACAACGAUUGGCUUGAAGAAGAAUGUAGUAAUAUGGCAAGAGAAGGUUUGAGAACGCUUGUUGUUGCGAAGAAGAUCUUAUCCCAAGCUGAACUUGAACAGUUCGAUAGAGCCUAUCACACAGCUAAGAUGUCUAUAACUGAUCGAACCAACAACAUGGCUAGCGUUGUGAAUCGUUUGCUCGAAAAAGAUCUUCAACUUCUUUGUUUAACAGGCGUUGAAGAUCGUUUACAGGAUCAAGUAACGACCUCAUUGGAACUAUUGAGAAACGCUGGAAUCAAGAUUUGGAUGUUGACAGGAGAUAAGUUGGAGACUGCCAUUUGUAUUGCGAAGUCUAGCGGAUUGUUCAGUCGAACGGAUAACGUUCACGUUUUUGGCCCUGUUCAAAACAGAACUGAUGCUCACGCUGAACUUAAUGCUUUGAGAAGAAAAAGCGAUGUAGCUCUGGUCAUGCAGGGUAGUGCUUUGAACGUUUGUCUACAGUAUUACGAAGCUGAAGUGGCAGAGCUGGUGUGUGCAUGUACAGCGGUAGUGUGUUGCAGAUGCUCUCCGGAACAGAAGGCUCAAAUCGUUCAAUUGCUGAAAAAAUAUAGAGCUCCUCUUCGAGUAGCCGCAAUUGGUGAUGGUGGUAACGAUGUUAGUAUGAUUCAAGCUGCUCAUGCUGGUAUUGGAAUAGACGCCAAUGAAGGAAAACAAGCUUCCCUUGCUGCUGAUUUCUCGAUUACCCAAUUUUCGCAUGUUUGUCGUCUUCUAUUGGUACAUGGAAGGUUUUGUUAUAAACGCUCUUGUGCCCUAUCCCAGUUCGUCAUGCACAGAGGUCUGAUCAUUUCCACGAUGCAAGCUAUAUUUUCCUGUGUUUUCUAUUUCGCCUCAGUCUCUCUGUAUCAGGGCGUUCUUAUGGUCGCUUACUCAACCGCUUACACUAUGCUACCUGUGUUCUCAUUAGUCGUAGAUAGAGAUGUAACAGCAACAAACGCUUUGACUUAUCCAGAGUUGUAUAAAGAAUUAGGAAAAGGACGCUCACUGUCGUAUAAGACUUUCUGUAUAUGGGUCCUUAUAAGCUUGUAUCAAGGUGCUGUGAUAAUGUAUGGUGCUCUACUAGUGUUCGAUGCUGAUUUCAUUCAUGUUGUUUCCAUCUCCUUCUCUGCCCUCAUCGUAACCGAGCUUAUUAUGGUUGCUAUGACUGUACAUACAUGGCAUUGGGCAAUGUUGUUGGCACAGGCUUUAUCGUUGGGAUUGUAUGCUGUCUCGCUGGUCGUGUUCGAUCAAUACUUCGACCGACAGUUUGUGCUUUCCUGGGUCUUCAUCUCUAAGACUACUGCUAUUACUGCUAUCUCAUGUCUCCCUCUUUAUGUUGUUAAGGCGUUACGAAGGAAAUUUUCACCUCCCAGUUAUGCGAAAGUCAACUGA